AAUAGAGUGGUUGUAUAUAACUAUAACUAUAACUAUAUAACUGGUCCUCUAUAUAUUUUGUCUGUAAGCUGUUUGAUUUCUAGGAGAUUGUAAAAUACAUUCAAAUUUGAAUACCCUUUUUGAGUCCUUAGAUGCACUAUUCUCUCAUUUCUCUUUGACUACCUCGGCGUCAACAAAAACCCCCAUUUGACCACCAUUCAUUUAAACCCCAAAAUCUCAAAUCUUUCAGUCAUUUCAUCGAACACCUCUCAUUCAUGAUGAAUAGAGAAGCCAAUAAUAGCAUAGACACUGAUGCCACUUCUUCUCUCAAGGUCAGUUUUCAAGAACUUAGUGUUAGCAAUACUAACAGUACUAGCAUUGAACUUUGUAGCACUAGUUUUACCCUAUCUGAGAAUAAUAGCGUAGGUAGUAAGUUGAGUGAUGGGGUUUUUGAAGGAAAACGGAUGGAUUCUUUGAAUGUUGGAGUUGACAAGAAUGUGGAAUUUGUCGAGAGUGAGAAUACUAGUUUUAGUUCAGUUAGUUAUUGUAACAGUGCUGAACCGAAUGAGGUUAGUUUUAGGGGGAUUUGUCCGUCGAAACCUCACAAGGGUAACGAUAUUCGGUGGGAUGCAAUCCAAUGUGUGAAUGGGAAAGAUGGGGAGUUGGGUUUGGCACAUUUUAGGCUUUUGAAAAAACUGGGAUUUGGUGAUAUUGGGAGCGUUUAUUUGGCGGAGUUAAGGGGGAUGGGAUGCUUGUUUGCAAUGAAGGUUAUGGAUAAAGGGAUGUUAGCUGGGAGGAAGAAGGUGAUGAGAGCUCAAACUGAGAGGGACAUUUUGGGUUUGUUGGACCAUCCAUUCCUACCAACCCUUUAUUCGCAUUUUGAAACAGAGAAGUUUUCGUGUUUGUUGAUGGAGUUUUGCAGUGGUGGAGAUCUUCAUUUGCUCAGGCAGCGCCAGCCCGGCAAGCAUUUUUCAGAACAAGCAUCAAGGUUUUAUGCAUCAGAGGUGUUGCUUGCACUCGAGUAUUUACACAUGAUGGGAGUUGUAUACAGAGACUUAAAGCCUGAAAAUGUGUUGGUGAGGGAAGAUGGCCAUAUAAUGUUGUCGGAUUUUGAUCUAUCAUUGAGAUGUUGUGUCAAUCCUACCCUUGUAAGAUCCAGCGAUGAACCUUCUUGUGCUAUGUCAGCAUAUUGUAUCCAGCCAUCUUGCAUUGAUCCAGCAUGCAAAUUACCUGUUUGUGUGGAGCCUUCUUGCUUUCAACCUUCGUGUUUUAAGCCUCGCCUCUUCAACCAUAAAACAACCAAAACGAGGGGUGAUCGUGCAACGUUGGUUUCUUCUGAUUCACUUCCCGUGCUUGUUGCAGAGCCAACUACAGCUCGGUCCAUGUCCUUUGUUGGAACCCAUGAAUAUUUAGCCCCAGAAAUAAUUAGAGGAGAUGGUCAUGGUAGUGCUGUUGAUUGGUGGACAUUUGGGAUUUUUCUGUACGAAUUAUUUCACGGGAAGACACCAUUUAAAGGCAAUGGAAAUAGAGAGACAUUGUUUAACGUUGUUGGUCAACCUCUAAAAUUUCCUGAGGGAUCCACAGUUAGUUUUGGUGCAAAGGAUUUGAUCCGAGGUUUACUUGUGAAGGAUCCUCAAAAAAGAUUAGGAUAUAAACGAGGUGCGACGGAGAUAAAACAACAUCCUUUCUUUGAAAACGUUAACUGGGCUCUCAUCCGAAGCACUCAUCCUCCAGAGAUCCCUAAACCAGUUGAUCUUACAUUUUUUAAACAAUCGUGCAAGUCAUCGUCUUAUGCAAACGAGAAAGCUGCUUCUGAUUCGGAUAGGUCAUCUGGUCCUUAUUUAGAUUUUGAAUUUUUCUAAAUAAUUUUUUGGGGGAUGGAUUUGUAGGUGUCACUUUGAUGUUCAUUUUGGUCCUAAAGAAAUUUAUUUCACUUAACAACUAUCUCUUCUUUAUUAUAGUACUAGAGAAUCCAGAGUAUACAAGUAGUUCUUUUUAACUGUUUUCCUAUAGAAACUUACAAAAAGAUAAAGAGGCAUUGGAAUCUCCUGAAAAUGGGGUUUCCUUUUCAUGUCAAUACUUUCAGAAAAGUGAAAGGAAUAUAAAAGUAGCAGAAUAAAUACCUUUUCUUUUCGUUUCUGUUAAUUAGAUACUUCGUUUGAGGUGGUGAACCACUUUCCAGGACACCCUUUUACAGAGCACGAGACAAGGACAAGACAACAACUUUUCCUAUAAAAACUUCCUUCUCCAG